UAAAAAACGAUAGUGAUCAGCCGGAGAGAUAAUUCUACUCGUGUGAACCCAGGAAACGGGGAGGGUUUAUGAUCUGAUUUACAUCUUUUGUGUACAUGUGUGUGCAGACAUCUGUGCUUCCAAGUCUGUAUUUACCAAAGACACACCCCCUUGUAUCAUCCCACCCCGUCUGUUCUGAUGUGGCCAUGAGCCACGAUGCAAGGAAGAACCCACAUACGGAGUAUAAAUAAGGCUGUGUUGAGGCGCGCUCUUUGCCAGAGAUGAGGGGUUAAAAACCCAGUUAACCUGCAGCACCUCUGGCUAUUCAUUCAUUCACAAAAUAGCUGUACAGUUAUUAAUUUUGCCAUAAAAAUGCAAAGCAGCCAGCUUUUACAGGCAGUUCUGUAUCUUUUCAUGCUGUUUCAUGCUUGUUUCAGUGCUGACAGCUCUGACACGUUCUGUAUUUGGACUAGAUCCGCUUCAGGUGGUCAAACACAGUAUGCAUUUCUCCGAAGAACUCAGACGUCUCUUCUCUUGUAUGACAGCAUCUGGAACAAAAACAACAGCCUUUUUAGCUGCAUGACAAGUGAUGAGCAAUCUGUGAUUGAGAGUUACCUGUCCAGGUGCUGGGAGGACAGUUCUUUCUCAAAGACCCUUGAUGAACGCUUUGACAUCAGGGAUCUGAUUGAUCCUCAUGGCCCCUGUGAGGCUGCAGGCAUUACAGAGGAAUUUACAGCAUCUGUACGGAGGGCCAGAGACCUGAGGAGCGUUGAACCUGAUGGAUUUGAGCACCAGGACAGUGGAGAAAGCUCCACACUGACGCUGCACCGCUCAAAGCGAGCAUGGAUGAUUCCAGGGACUCUGUGGUGUGGCUCAGGACAUAAGGCUAUGGCCUUUGGUGAGCUGGGUGCCUUCGAAGAUACAGAUAAAUGCUGCAGAGAACACGACCACUGUAAAGACACCAUCGCCUCUUUUUCAUACGACCACGGUGUCUUCAACACCAACAUCUUCACUUUAUCACACUGCGACUGUGACAACAGGUUCCGCCGCUGUCUCCUGGGUGUUAAUGAUACCAUGUCCAACCUUGUGGGCUACGGAUACUUCAACAUGCUAAAGAUGCGCUGCUUUGAGUUCUCUCAGCGGAUGCAGUGUGCCAAGAGAACGUGGUGGGGCAUGUGUGAACUUUAUGAACUUGCUCAAUACGCUGUGGUGAAAGAUGCAGCGAACUACACAGACACACUCCCGGAAGACAUGGAGACGCUGGAAACGAGUUUUCACCAAGCGAUCACUCUGGGACAAAACCAGGUCAUCAAAAACACAGAAGAAUCACUUACUAUACAAGAUCCCAGGAGCAACAGUGAAGAACCGGGUCCAGUUUCGACAUCACCAGAGCCAUCUGUUACAACACUGCAGUCCCGGAAAUCUGAAGCAUCCGUACUUCCAACAGACGCACCAAAGAUAACAGACAGACCACAAAAAGGCAAGUUUGAGAUGUGUGAGCUCUACAGAGACCUGGAUUCAUGCCAUCUGCAGAUCCCUGCUUUACAGGAGAAAUUCAGUCUACGAAACCCUGGCAUGAGAACCCUUUACCACUGUAACUGUACUGCCAGGCUCGUCCAAAAGAUCUUGUCCAAAGAACUGGAUGAAACUGACCCUGUGCAUUCUCUUUUGAUGGAUUUCAUAUCACAAUCCUGCUUCACCCUGCAACAGUCUGAGAACUGUCUGAAUGGAAAAAGCUGCUCAACUCCUCCACCAGAAGCACAGCUCAUCCAAAACUGGAGGAAAGACAUGACAGGAGGGCGACCUCUAGUGGACUUCAAGCGCAAACUCAAGAGGAGGAACCCUAAGCGCUCCAAGAGGAAAGACUCUCCAGUCAGAUUAUAUAAGAAAUGCAUCAAGAUGCACACUAAACUGCAGAGACCUCGAGUUCCUGAACGGAAACGCUCAUAAACUCAACAAAGCAGCAAAAGACUUGCAAUGGGACAACAACAACAAUACAAAUGCUCUUAUAAAACAGCUUAAGAAUCAAACUCACAACCUGACACACAUCUGCCUUAGAUAUAAGAAAUCUGUGCUGAAAUAGUAUUGUGAACAUAUCUAUAUAUAAUAUAACAGGUCAGAGUGUAAGUUACCUCAUUAUGGGGUAAUAUGGUUCAGAUAGUUUUAGCUGCCAGAAAUGAUGUGCAUUUAAAGCCAGCUUCUAAGUGGCAUAGGUAGCUUAUUUUUUUAAAUUGAUAUUCAGCCACACACUUCAAUUAAAUAAUGCCUCGUAAACAUUCCAAAGUCAUUUACUUUCAUAGCUAUUUUUUACAACUGCCCCCACCCUCACAGAUAAGACUCUGAGCUAGGGAUGGACUCUUUCAUUCAUGUUCAACUUUACCCCACAAUCUAGAGAUAAACUAGAUGCAAGUUUAAAUUCAAAUGCAUGUAACUUUAUGCAGCAGUAUCUGGCAUCCCCAAAUCAUUUUCAUUCCUCAAAAUCGGUUUUCUGUUAGAGGCUAUUUUUUUUUGUCCUGAGGUGCUCUUCUUCUCCUCAGGGAAACUGGGAUGCAACUGCAUGUGUUGAAAAUGUCAGCACUGACUUUGUUAUGAUAUGUUUUGGUCUCUACUACCUAAUAUUGCACUAUAUCUGAACUGAUGAAACAAACAAGUGUUGUAAAUGUAUGUAAAAUUGUAAAUAACAUGUAAAUUAAUUUAAUAAAUAUAUCUUUAUAUGAA